AAAGUAAUGGACUGACCCAGCUGGCGCGCGAAGGAUCUCUUAAGGGGUCUCAGUUUCGCGUUCUGGGAGCAGAAUCAGGUUGAGCUUUGCGGAGGUAGGGGAGGGAUACGGGGAGUCUGUGGGAGGAGCAAGACCUUGUAGGGCAGGGGAUGCAUUCUGUUAUUGAGGGAGUAGGAUGGUAGGAAAUGGGGCAGCCCUGGGGAUGCUCAGGGUAUUGGAGUAGCAUGCAGAAAGAUUGGGAUGGCUUGGGGUUAGCAUGUAUAGGAGAGGUCAGUGACUGGGCGGUCUUGGAGGCAAAUCAGUGUUUGGCAUGAUUUAGGGUGUGGGCUAGUGAUUAGGAUGCAUUUAGGGGACAAGUCUGUGAUUGGGGCAUCUUUCGGGGAAAGGUUGAUUGGGGGUGAAUGACUGGUCAGUGAUCGGGUAUCCCUUGAAGGAAGUCAGGAUUGGGGUGUCUUUGAGGGUGUGUCAGAGCCUGAAAAGGUCUUCUGGGGGAAGAUCAGUUCUUAGGACAGCCUUAGAGGGAUGUCAGCGAUUGGAGCAUCCCAGGAGGGUCAGUGACUGGGGAAUCCUUGGUACAUAAGUCAGUGAUUGGGACGUCUUUGGGAAGGUUCACUAAUGGGAGUGUCCAUGAAGGGAGGUCAGUGAUUGAGACAUACUUGGUUGGCAGUUCAACGUGUUUGAUGUCCUUUGCUUAGUGAGUGUUGUGAUGUACUUAGGGGAGGGGGUCGGUGAUUGGGGUAUCCUUCCCCAAAUCACCCCAAGGCCAGUGAAUGGGGUGGCCUUGUGGGGAGGUUAGUGCUUGGGGCAGCUUUGUUUCUUGUCUUUGAGGGUCUCCAGUGGUCACUGAGAGUCAUGGGGAUCUGGGUGUUUGGGUCUGGAUAGGCUAAUGAUAAUCUGUUAGAAGUCAUGAACUGUGAAGUAGCCAUGUGGCCCAUAUUUUGGGUAUGAUGUAGUUAGGCAUUGUUACCUGAGAGAUUUAUGGGAGUUGGAGCUUGAGCAGUCUCUGCAUUUUAGACGGCUUUGGGGGUUUUAAAGCCCAUUGACUUCUCAUAGACUACAUUAGUGCCUUCUUCAAAACCUGCUUUCCAACAUCCUCUGUCCCCUAAAUCAAGCGUCUCCAACCCCCGGGGCCGCACAGCAGGAGAUGAGCGGCGGGCAAGCAAGCGAAGCUUCAUCGGCCGCUCCCCAUCGCUCACAUUACCGCCUGAACCACACCCCCCUUCCGUGGAAAAAUUGUCUUCCAGGAAACCGGUCCCUCGUGCCAAAAAGGUUGGGGACCGCUGCUCUAAAUCACCUCCUCCUCUCACUGUCUCCACGGUGCUUUGUAAUGACCAAGAUCUAAAUAAAAUCUAAGGUCUUGGCUUCCUGGGAUGAAGUAGUUCCAAUGAAGGAAGGAACUGAAGGUACCAAGAUCAACAUUACAUCCUUUGCCAGAGACUCUGUACUGGAGCUUCAGGGAAGAAACCAAAAUCAACAAUAGAGCAGGUAUUAGAGUUGCUGGUUGUUCCUAAGGGCUCCAGAAAAUGUCCAAGUCCCAGGGCUCACUAUCAUUCAAGGAUGUGGCUGUGGUUUUCACCUGGGAGGAGUGGCAGCUACUGGACCGUGUUCAGAAAAACCUGUAUCAAGAUGUGAUGUUGGAAAAUUAUAUCAACUUGGUAUCAGUGGGGUAUCAAGUUACCAAAACAGAUGCAUUCUACCGGUUGGAACAAGAAACACCAUGGAUAAUAGAGGAAGAAAGCCAGAGUCAGAUUCACCCAGAAGACACAUGGCAAGUUGAUAAUCAUAGAGACUGGCACAAAGGAAGCCAUGGCAACCUGGAAACUAUGGAGAGUUACCACAAAGAUAAUGCAUUUGGAAAAAUAUCUUCUCUGAGCUUAAACCUUGAUAUCUCCUUAGCACAAAGAUCUCAUACACUUGACAUACUUGGGAAACAUCUGAAACCUAAUCUAGAGUGUAUUACUCAGAAUAAAAGCUAUGCAAGAAAUGAAGUUGAAUUUAUUCAAUAUGGCAAAUUAUUUCUUUACACUAAGCAUGAGAAAAUUCAUACUGGACAAAAAUACAAUGAAUAUAAUCAACAUAUGAAAGUUUUCAGCCAUAAGUCACAGCUUAUUAAAUACUGGAAAACUCAAACAGCAAAGAAACACUAUAACUGCAGUGACUGUGGGAAAGCCUUUUCUCAGAAGUCGGACCUCAUUAAGCAUCAAAGAACACACACAGGAGAGAAAUCCUUUGGAUGCAGUAGAUGUCAGAAAGCCUUCAGGCGGAAGUCCCAUCUCAUUUUACACCAGAGAACCCAUACAGGAGAGAAACCCUAUGAGUGCAACAAAUGCGGGAAAGCCUUUACUGAUAAGUCAUGCCUUAAUAAACAUCAGAGAACUCACACAAGAGAGAAAUGGUUUGAGUGUCAUGUAUGUCAGAAAGGCUUCAGCGAUAAGUCACAACUCACUUUACAUCAAAGAACUCACACAGAAGAGAAACCCUACAGAUGUGAAGAAUGUCAGAAAAGCUUCAGCAAUAAGUCACAGCUCAUUAUUCAUCAGCGAUCUCACACAGGAGAGAAACCUUACGGUUGCAGUGAGUGUGGGAAAACAUUUCCCCUUAAGUUUAGCCUCAUUUUACAUCAAAAAACACAUACAGGGGAAAAACCUUAUGGAUGCAGUGAAUGUGGGAAAGCCUUCAUCCAGAGAUCUGAGCUCAUUAGACAUCAGAGAACUCACACAGGAGAGAAACCAUAUAAUUGCAGUGACUGUGGAAAAGGCUUUAGUGUAAAGUCACUCCUCAAUACUCACUUGAGAACUCACACAGGAGAGAAGCCCUACGGAUGCAGUGAAUGUGGAAAAACAUUCUCCAUCAAAUUUAGUCUCAUCCUACACCAAAGAACUCAUACAGGUGAGAAACCCUAUGAAUGCAGUCAGUGUCAGAAAGCUUUCACCCAAAAGUCACAUCUCACUAUUCAUCAGAGGUCUCACACCGGAGAGAAACCUUAUGAGUGCAGUGAAUGCCACAAAGCUUUCAGCCGGAAGUCAUAUCUCCUUAUUCAUCAGAGAAUUCACUCAGGAGAGAAACUUUAUGAAUGCCAUGAAUGUGGGAAAGCUUUCUGUCACAAGUUUAGCCUCAUCAUUCAUAAGAGAAUCCAUACAGGAGAGAAACCCUAUGGAUGCAGUGAAUGUGGGAAAACUUUCCCUAUCAAGUUUAGCCUCGUUUUACAUCAGAAAACACAUACAGGAGAAAAACUUCACGAAUGCAGCGAAUGUCAGAAAUCUUUUGCCCAGAGGUCACAUCUUAUUAUACAUCAAAGAACUCACACGGGUGAGAAACCUUAUGGAUGCAGUGAGUGUUGGAAAACUUUCUCCCACAAGUUCAGCCUCAUUUUACAUCAGAAAACUCAUAGAGAGAAAUUGUGAAGAAAUAUCCAAACGAUAUCCAGAAGUUGUCAUUGAAAGGAAAUAGCUCCUUACACUCCAGAGUUUACAUAGGAGUGAAACCUUAAGACUGCAGCAGAUGUGGACCUGUUUUCUUUUCAGAAUCACAACUUAUUACUUAUCAGAGAACGGUACUGCAUAGAAUGCCAGACAGGAGGAAAUACCUUUCCCGAUGAAUGUCAAUUGAAUGUAGCCCAGAGAGAAUAAAUAGGAACUUCUGCAUAUGUUUUAAUCGUGGGGAUGUUGUUGCUAUGAAAUUCAGCUACAUUGGUAUCAGAGAAUUGACAUUCAGGGGGAAAGUCUAUGCUUUAAAGAAUCUUGGAAUCAUGCUUUCAUGGGUAUCAUUUUAUGAGGGAAUUAAUUUUCUGUAACUGUGACAUAAUAAACAGCACUAUAGAAAGUAUUAAAUAUGUAAAUAAAUACAGUAGUCAGAAAACAAAGCAAAAGUUAUAUCAGAACCAUGUGAGAAUAUGUGUUUUGUACCUAUUUUUAUUAUAAAAUGAUUGUUUGUAUUUGGGAAUUGCGUGUGUUAGCCUAACAGUUGUGACUUCCUAGUCCAUGUGCUUAAAUGUCAUAAAACUUUACCAUAG